ACCCUUACACCCUUUCACGUAAGACUUAACCUUCACUGACAUUCAAGUCAAAAGGUCUAUUAGCGGUGUUGAAACUACAUCUGCAUUUAAAAGGAGAACUGAUUUCGCUGAUCUUCAUGUAUUUAUGGUAUCAAAGGUAAGUGGCGAGACUAAGAAUAGAAGGAGUUUUCCACUCUUAAAAGCUUUAGCGUUUUUUUAAAAAGGAAGUGGUUAGCCUGUUUCCGUCAUUUGUACCCAGGCUGCAAGAUAGUUCUUCGUUACCUACAAGUUGAAUGUUUAGAACCAGAAGUGGUGGACGUUCCUACACUUUUUAAAACGGUGACGCACAUUUUAAUCUGUUCCGGCUUAUCUUCGUCAUUUCGUUUCCCUGCAAUUCGAGCCGAUGGCAUACUUUACCGCUGAGGUACCAUAUAAGAAAGAAGCAGCCCUGCACUUUUCUCAAAUGACAACGCCGUGAUCCGAGGUUCUCGUCAAUCUGCAUUCACCAGGUAGUAUUAAAAGCUAAAGACUUAGUGGUCAUGGCAACAUCGGGAGUCACUGAUGGUACAGAAGUGAGUUUAUUUUAGUAUAUUUAACUUCUUUAAAUUGCUGGUUUUCCUUUCUUUGUUUAAUAGUUAGUUUUAUUAUAUCAUGACUGAUAUCAUUAUUAUACCCACUUGUUAUUUAGAGCCCUUUAUUCUCGGUUUUAGGAUGCCGCUUUCAUACUGAUCAUUUACUUAACAGGCAAACUGCACGCGGCAAAUUUCCAUCAUUCCUGCCGACUCUGACUUUCCAACUUCAUUCGAUCGUUGUGGGGACGACAAGUGCGCCUCGCCUUGCAACGGCAGUCUUUACCAUUGCAGUCUCUGUUCAAGGACAGAGAGACAGCCGAUACCCAAGGAAUGUAAGUUGAGGAAACAUUUUCAAACGACGCACUGGGAUAACAAAGUUACCCAUGAAAGUAAGUAGUACGACUGGGCACUUUCCUAGAAAUCGCGGUUUAUGGAAGACAACUGUAUGUAUAACUUAGGGUUAGUCUAGAAAAAUAACAGAACUGUGAAAAUAAUCUCGACGUUUCUGUUAUCAUCACUCAUUAAAUCGCCAAUACUAAAUGACACCUUUUUCAGUACUAUCAACUCAUACUUAGCAUAUUUUAACUAGUCCUCUUUAAGUGCACACUUUCAAGCGUUACAGUAUUUGGCAUGUACGAUAGCUUGCGGAACAGGUCUAACAGUUCGCGUGAAAUUGCUUAAAUAAACUGUAGCGGUGUUGAUCAAUAUUAUAUUAACUCCAUAUUAUUUACUUGACGAUUGACCCUUUAAAUUUGAGGGCAAUGUACAUGUAAACUUCAGGAAAAUAUCACUAUAUAAGGUCGAGAAGGUCAACCACUUAUCAGGCCUCUCUUUAAUUAAAUGAAUAUCUUAUUGGCACUUAUAAAUAGGCGAUGAUGAGAAUGAAGAAAUUCCUUCUCCCGGCGAACGUUAUCCGCCUUGUAGGGAACAAAUACAACUAUAAACAUCGUUUACGUUCUUAGCACCCCGCUACGCACCCAAGUUUCCUUGCCUGUUACUGUGGCAAACUUUGGAUAAUGACUUCUUUCUGUUCUUCAUUGUAUGCCGCGACCUUCUUAAAACCGAAAGGUCAUUCUUUGCCAUAUAUUUUUUUUCCCUUGCAGAUAAAGCAAUGCUAAAGUGCAUCCUUAGGUGUGCGAAGUCUUCCGGAAAAGUUCUUGUCAAUCGUGGCCACUGGCAUUGUUGUCACUGUUCGCGGAUUUUCGACAGAAAAACCGCCAUAAUCGUUCAUUUUAACAGUUUAUUGAAAGAAAAGGUCACUCCCUCGAAACAGGAGUCCGAUACUGUCACAGGUGAAAAUAUUACGUUUCAGAACCUACAAGGAAAAAUGGUGCCACCAGUGGGAAAUAUUAGAUGCAUUUGUCCCGAGUGUUCGAAGGGUUAUCCCAAUACCAAAGCUUUGCAGCGCCACUUACGGGAUCAACACAAACGUAAAUUGGAUCCUGUUGUUGGUCCAGGCCGAUAUCUGAAAGGAAUUUGUGUUGAUUUCGAAAGGGGAAUUUUCAUGAUAAGCCGCACUUUUUCGGGAACUAUGCAUCCAAUUCAUUGUGCACAUAAGACUCAUACUCCUCACGACGCCAUACCAGUCCCAAGUUCGUGCGAGAUUAAUGAAUGCAUGGACGCUGCCAGAGUAGCUAGGCAAAGUGGUCAUCCUGCUUUCGAGUGCAUCCAUCUGCAAAGUGCACAGUAUGCACUCCCCUUUAAAAUACCCGUUGAACUUCGUGAUAACUCACUCGAAGAAAUUGCUGGUGGUCGACUGAAGUGGAUAACCGAAAAGCGAAAGAAGGCGCUAUUAUCGCAUCGGCAAAAGGCCUGCGACGCUGGCAGUCCCCUGGUUGUUCGGUUUGAGCAUGAAGACAGUACGAAAUCUGGGAGAUUGGUUUACCUUUCGGUGUAUGAUGGUGGGGUGCACUAUUGGUCAAGAUUUGGUCGUGUGGUCGUGUCAUAUGACACACAAACGGCAAAGUGGUCUUGCGCAUGUAGCAGGGCAAAAGUGUCCUGCAUCCACAAGGCAGUGUCAAAAUGGUUCUUGUAUCAACAGGACGGUGCUUUGCUUCGACAGAGCCCACAGGUAAGCGAGGAUGAGAUUGAAACAGGCGAUGGAGUGGCCGAUAGUCAAGAACCCUCACUUGCAGCAGGGUGUUUGUAUCCCCCUACUGGAAAGGCACUGGAGGAUGUUAUCAUUUACCAAUUGACAUCUUGAAAAAAUACCAACAGCAAUCCACCGAAACGAUAACGACGACUUUCCGUCUGUAUUGGUACCGAAGGAGAUCGAGUGCCAUUGCUGCAAAAAUCCUUUAAGCGAGCCUAUCAAAAUUACUGGAAGAGCUAUCAUUAUAGGGAUAACAACAUGCAAAACUGGUAUGUCAUUUAAUUUUUAUGUCUGAAACGUAAAAAAAUAGGCAAGUGCAUAUUUUUUGGGUGUGCUAAACAAAAUAAGCCCUUUGUGGUCAGAAAAUAACGAAAGCGAAAUGUAUAGAUUCGGUACAUGUAGUCAACGGAUGGUUAAGCGCGACGAAGUAUUUUAUUAUCAUAAAAGGGAACAGUGGUCUUUGAAUAAAGGGCAUCUCAGGUAUUCAUAUCAUAUUGUAUCACUCACCUACAUGUUGACUUCAGAUAGCUUGCGGCCUCUGUGAUUCCAAUCGCGCCUACCCCUUAUUUUCGUUAAUCUUGAUUUCCUUGUUUAAAGUUUAUCCUCCACAAUUCAAAAUCCCGAUAGUUUGAAACUUGUUUACUUCCAUUAAAGGUUCGAGUUAUGCAGACCUUUCAUCUGUUGCUGAUCUAUUAACUGAUUAAAUAAAUCCUGCCGUGAAUUGCAGAUGUCUGUACAUACUACAAGAGGUGUGAUAACUGCCAGGUGAUGUACAGGUAUCAGGAGUUUGAUGAUGGUGUUCACAACUUUGAGACAGGCACAUUUUCAGCAUCAGUCUUAUGCUUUUUAUGAGAGAAUAUGUAAAGGUAAGUUACUAGCCAAACGAGGAUUUCCCAAGCGAAAUUUCAAAACUGUGCACCUUAGGGUGAGGAUGUUGCCUGUGUUUUAACGUUCUCUCACUAUUAUUGUGUUAUUGUUAUUAUUGAUACUACUGUUAUUGCUAUGCUCAUUCUUCUCACCAUCAGUAUCAUCGUCAUCAUCAUCUUCAUCGUCACCGUCAUCAUCAUCAUCAUUUAUAUGCGCCGACUACUUUUUCUACGAUUACCUUUCAUUAGGCAAAACAAGCUGUCUGUUAGGUUCAGUAUGCUUGAGGUUUUGAAGCAAACUAUAAAGUUAAGAAACAGUUAUGUUCCUGUUGCCUUUGAAACAACAUAUUUGCAUUCCGAAAUUUUGUUAUUGGAAGAACUGCAGCGGUUUUACGCAACACAUUGCAAAUCGAU